AGCGUAUCGUCUAUUUUUUUCUCGUCGUGUCUGUGUGUGCUUAAUUAUUUGUUGUGAAAAUUAAGCGCUUUUAUUGUGCAUAAAACUUUGAAAAUUUGCAUUUAACUGCAAGCAUGGCAUCAGAGGAAGAGAAUGACGAUAAUUUCCAGGAAGAGGAAGAAGCGGUCGAGGACAAUGCGCAGGUGGCGGAGCUGUCCAACGAUUCCGAUGCCCCAUUGAAACCGAAUAAUGACGAGGAUGAUGAUUACGAUCCGGAGGAUAAUCGCAAGAAGAAGAAGGGCAAGAAGCGUAAGACCCGAAAGGGCGAAGAGAAGGGGCGCAAAAAGAAGAAGCGCAAGAAGAAUGAGAGCGAAGAGGACAGCGAUUUUGUGCAGCACGACGAGGAGGUCGAGUAUCCGAGCACCUCAUCGAAACGUGGACGCAAGCGCAAAGAGGAGAAGCAGGCGCAAAAGGAGAAGGAAUCCUCCUCCUCGGGCAUGCCUUCUGUCGAGGACGUGUGCUCCGCAUUUGGUGUGUGCGAUGUGGAGAUUGAAUACAGCGAGGAGGAGCUGCAGAGCCUGACCACAUACAAGGCAUUCAUGCAGCAUGUGCGACCCAUAUUGCAAAAGGAGAAUCCGAAAAUCGCAGCGCCCAAGCUCAUGAUGCUGGUCGCGGCCAAGUGGCGGGAAUUCUGCGAGAGCAAUCCCCAUAUACAGCAGGAGCAGCAGCAGGGCGGACAGGCGCAGGCGGCGACAACGGCAGCCGAGCCAGACGAGCCGCGUUCGUCGCGCUCGUCGCGCAACGAGAAGCCGGACGACAUAUACGAAGAGGAGGAGGAAGAAGAGGAAGAGGAGGAGGAGAAGAAGCCGCGACGCAAGCGCAGCGGACGCAGCAGCAACAAGAAGGGACGUCGUCCGUCGGGCAAGGUGCCCACAUUGAAAAUCAAGUUUGGCAAACGCAAACGCGACAGCUCCGACGAAGAACCCGACGCAAGUGGCGCCUCCGAACGUGACUCUGAUCUGGAAUUCGAGCGUAUGCUGCAAAAAUCGGACGAUAGCGCCGACGAGAAGGAAAAGGAGAAAGAGAAGCAGCCGGCAGAGACGGCAGCCGCAGCUGCGGCUCAGGAGGAUGGGGCGCCCGUGGUGCGCAAGAAGGCCAAAACCAAAAUUGGCAACAAGUUCAAGAAGAAGAACAAAAUGAAGAAGACAAAGAACUUCCCAGAGGGCGAGGAUGGCGAGCACGAGCAUCAGGACUACUGCGAGGUGUGCCAACAGGGCGGCGAGAUCAUUCUGUGCGACACCUGUCCGCGCGCCUACCAUUUGGUAUGCUUGGAGCCGGAACUGGACGAGCCGCCGGAGGGCAAAUGGUCGUGCCCGCACUGCGAGGCUGAUGGCGGCGCUGCCGAGGAGGAGGACGAUGACGAGCAUCAGGAGUUUUGCCGCGUGUGCAAAGAUGGCGGCGAGCUGCUCUGCUGCGAUUCCUGCCCAUCGGCAUACCAUACAUUCUGUCUGAAUCCGCCGCUGGACACCAUACCAGACGGCGACUGGCGUUGUCCGCGCUGCAGCUGCCCGCCACUGAUCGGCAAGGCCGAGAAGAUCAUCACCUGGCGUUGGGCGGUGCAGCGUCGUGGCAGCAGCGAGGCGUCCACCUCGAAGAGCGCCAAGGUGGGCAAUCGUGUGCGCGAGUACUUCAUCAAGUGGCACAACAUGUCCUACUGGCACUGCGAUUGGGUGUCCGAGGUGCAGCUGGACGUGCAUCAUCCGCUGAUGAUACGCUCCUUCCAGCGCAAAUACGACAUGGAGGAGCCGCCCAAAUUCGAGGAGUCACUCGACGAGGCUGACACACGCUUCAAGCGCAUCCAGCGCCACAAGGACAAGGUCGGCAUGAAGGGCAACGAUGACGAUGACGAGGCCGCACUCGAGGAGCGCUUCUACAAGAAUGGCGUCAAGCCCGAAUGGCUGAUUGUCCAGCGCGUCAUCAAUCAUCGCACGGCACGCGAUGGCAGCACCAUGUAUCUGGUGAAGUGGCGUGAGCUGCCCUACGAUAAGUCCACCUGGGAGGAGGAAGGCGACGAUAUACCCGGUCUGCGUCAGGCCAUCGAUUACUAUCAGGAUUUGCGUGCGGUCUGCACCUCGGAACAGUCGCGCGGCAGCAGCAGCAAGAAGAGCAAAAAGGGACGCAAAACCAAAAAACUGGAGCUAGACGACGAAGAUCGUCCCGUCAAGCACUACACUCCGCCGCCGGAGAAGCCGACCACGGACCUGAAAAAGAAAUACGAGGGUCAGCCAGCCUUUCUGGAUGAUACGGGCAUGCAGCUGCAUCCGUAUCAGAUUGAGGGCAUCAACUGGUUGCGCUACAGCUGGGGCCAGAGCAUCGAUACCAUUUUGGCCGACGAGAUGGGUCUGGGCAAGACCAUACAAACGGUAACCUUUCUCUACUCAUUGUACAAGGAGGGACAUUGCCGUGGACCCUUCCUGGUGGCCGUGCCGCUAUCCACGCUGGUCAACUGGGAGCGUGAAUUUGAGUUGUGGGCGCCCGAUUUCUAUUGCAUCACCUACAUUGGGGACAAGGACUCGCGUGCCGUGAUACGCGAGAACGAGCUGACCUUCGACGAGGGCGCCAUACGUGGCACCAAGGUGUCGCGCCUGCGCACAACCCAAUACAAAUUCAAUGUGCUGCUCACCAGCUACGAGCUGAUCUCGAUGGAUGCGCCCUGCCUGGGCAGCAUUGACUGGGCGGUGCUGGUCGUGGACGAGGCGCAUCGCCUGAAGAGCAACCAGAGCAAGUUCUUCCGCAUCCUCAAUAGCUAUGCGAUUGCCUACAAGCUGCUGCUGACUGGCACACCAUUGCAGAACAAUCUGGAGGAGUUGUUCCAUUUGCUGAACUUCUUGAGUCGCGACAAGUUCAACGAUCUGCAGGCAUUCCAGGGCGAGUUUGCGGACGUGUCCAAGGAGGAGCAGGUGAAGCGUUUGCACGAGAUGCUCGGACCGCACAUGCUGCGUCGCCUCAAGACCGAUGUGCUCAAGAAUAUGCCCUCCAAGUCGGAGUUCAUUGUGCGCGUCGAGCUGUCGGCCAUGCAAAAGAAGUUCUACAAAUUUAUCUUGACCAAAAACUAUGAGGCGCUCAAUUCGAAGAGCGGCGGCGGCUCCUGUUCCCUGAUCAACAUCAUGAUGGAUCUGAAGAAGUGCUGCAAUCAUCCGUAUCUAUUCCCAUCGGCUGCCGAGGAGGCGCCCACCUCUGCGGGCGGCAUCUAUGAGAUCAACUCGCUAACCAAGGCGGCCGGCAAACUGGUGCUGCUCUCCAAGAUGCUGAAGCAGCUCAAGUCGCAGAAUCAUCGUGUGCUCAUCUUCUCGCAAAUGACCAAAAUGUUGGACAUACUGGAGGACUUCCUCGAGGGCGAGCAGUAUAAGUACGAGCGCAUCGAUGGCAGCAUUACGGGCACAGUGCGACAGGAGGCCAUCGAUAGAUUCAAUGCGCCCGGUGCACAACAGUUCGUCUUUCUGCUGAGCACACGUGCCGGCGGCUUGGGCAUUAAUCUGGCCACAGCCGAUACGGUCAUCAUCUAUGACUCCGAUUGGAAUCCCCACAAUGAUAUACAGGCCUUCUCGCGUGCCCAUCGUAUUGGCCAGGCCAACAAGGUGAUGAUCUAUCGCUUUGUCACACGCAAUUCUGUGGAGGAGCGCGUCACGCAGGUGGCCAAGCGCAAGAUGAUGUUGACGCAUCUGGUUGUGCGUCCCGGCAUGGGCGGCAAGGGUGCCAACUUUACCAAACAGGAGCUGGACGAUAUUCUGCGUUUUGGCACCGAGGAUCUGUUCAAGGAGGAUGACAAAGAGGAGGCCAUACACUACGAUGACAAGGCCGUUGCCGAGCUGCUCGAUCGUACCAAUCGCGGCAUUGAGGAGAAGGAAUCGUGGGCCAAUGAGUAUUUGUCCUCCUUCAAGGUGGCCUCCUAUGCCACCAAAGAGGAGGAGGAAGAGGAGGAAACGGAAAUCAUUAAACAAGAUGCCGAAAACUCAGAUCCCGCCUACUGGGUGAAACUGCUGCGCCACCACUACGAACAGCACCAGGAGGAUGUCGGUCGCACCCUGGGCAAGGGCAAGCGUGUGCGCAAGCAGGUCAACUACACGGACGGCGGCGUCGUUGCGGCGGACACAACACGCGACGAUUCCAACUGGCAGGACAAUGGCAGCGAAUACAAUUCCGAGUAUUCCGGCGGCAGCGACGAGGAUGGCGGCGACGAUGACUUCGAUGAGCAGAACGGCGAACGCAAGGCCAAGCGACGCUUGGAGCGACGCGACGAUCGUCCGCUGCCGCCGCUGCUGGCACGCGUCGGCGGCAACAUCGAGGUGCUGGGCUUCAAUGCCAGGCAGCGUAAGAGCUUCCUCAAUGCCAUCAUGCGGUACGGCAUGCCGCCGCAGGAUGCCUUCAAUUCGCAGUGGCUGGUGCGCGAUUUGCGCGGCAAAUCUGAGCGCAAUUUCAAGGCCUAUGUCUCGCUCUUCAUGCGGCAUCUGUGCGAGCCGGGCGCCGACAAUGCCGAGACCUUUGCCGAUGGCGUGCCACGCGAGGGUCUCUCCCGGCAACAUGUGCUCACGCGCAUUGGCGUCAUGUCGCUGAUACGCAAGAAGGUGCAGGAAUUCGAGCACAUCAAUGGCUACUACAGCAUGCCCGAGCUGAUACUCAAGCCCUGCGAGCCAGUGCGUUCCGGUGGCAAGCAAGAGGCAGCUGCUGCCGCCACCUUGGACGCCGCCACACCGGCUACAGGCGGCAAGCCGCCGGCGGAGAGCACCACGACCAGCAACAGUGCAACGCCGGCCACGAGUGCAGCACCCAGUCCAGCGCCAGCCUCAGAGAAGAGCGAAGAUAAGGCUACGCUGGAUAAGGCAACGCCCGAGAAACAGGAACCCAAAUCGGAACCAGAUGCUGCUGCUGCUGCUGCUGACGAGGACAAAAAGCAGCUCGAUGCGGCCGUCCAGCAGGAAAGCGCCGAGGAGUCGGCUGAGAGCGAGUCCAAGACGACCAGCGUUGGUGGUGAGCUGGUGAGUGUCAAGAGCGAGCCGGCCAAACUGGAGCCCAAACUGGAGGAGGGCAAAGAACAGCCAGAGCAACUGGCCAAGGAGGAGCCCAAGAGCGAGCAGAGCGACGACAAGGAUAAGGACAAAGAGAAGCCAAGCAGCGAGGAGAAGCCGCCGCCAAACAAUCCCAGCAACAGCAGCACAAACAUCAUUGACGAUGACGACGACGAUGUCAUGAUUGUCAAGGAGGAUGGCGAACUGGAGAAGCCCAGCGCCAGUGCCAAUGCCAAUUCGCCCAAGGAUCAGAAGGCUGUUGCCGGAACGGCCACGGGAACAGGAACAGGUGCUGGCAAACUGGUUGAGGACAGUCUUGAGGUAUUGAAACGCAAAUUCAUGUUCAACAUUGCCGACGGCGGCUUCACCGAGCUGCACACGUUGUGGCUGAACGAGGAGAAGGCUGCGGUGCCCGGCCGCGAAUACGAGAUCUGGCAUCGUCGCCACGACUACUGGCUACUGGCGGGCAUUGUCACCCAUGGCUACGGCCGUUGGCAGGAUAUACAGAACGAUAUACGCUUCGCCAUCAUCAAUGAGCCAUUCAAAAUGGACGUGGGCAAGGGCAAUUUCCUGGAGAUAAAGAACAAGUUUUUGGCACGGCGCUUUAAGCUGCUCGAGCAGGCUCUGGUCAUCGAGGAGCAGCUGCGACGUGCAGCCUUCCUGAAUCUCGCCCAGGAUCCCAGCCAUCCGGCCAUGUCGCUGAACGCACGCUUCGCCGAGGUCGAAUGCCUGGCCGAAUCGCAUCAGCAUCUCAGCAAGGAAUCGCUGGCCGGCAACAAGCCGGCCAAUGCGGUGCUGCACAAGGUGCUCAAUCAGCUGGAGGAGCUGCUCUCCGACAUGAAGAGCGAUGUCUCACGUCUGCCGGCCACCUUGGCGCGCAUACCGCCUGUGGCGCAGCGCCUGCAAAUGUCCGAGCGUUCCAUUCUGUCGCGUCUGGCGGCCACCGCUGGCAAUGCCUCGAAUGCGGCUCAAUUGAUGGCACAGUUUCCGGCCGGCUUUCAGGGCACCACCCUGCCGGCCUUCACGGGCGGACCCGCUGGCAACUUUGCCAACUUUCGGCCACAGUUCUCGGUGCCCGGGCAGCUGCCCAACAAUGCCGGCACCUGAGCAUCCCAUUCAAAUUCCAUGCAAAUUAAUUAAAAUCUUCAGCUAAGAAUUUAACGCUACGUAUAAAAAAAAAAAAAAAAAAAAAA